CUUUUUUUCUUUUCUUUUCCUUUACUCUCUUUCUCUUUUUUUUUUUUGAAAUAUUCCCGAAUAAAAUGAACUUUCAACAACCACAACUCCAAGACAAAAUCAUAGAUAAAAAGCAACAAGAAUAUAAAAAACGCAUUCGAGAAAUAGAACAAGAAAAUGAACAUAUUGGCACACAACUGACUAGAGCACGUCAACAUAUCAAACGACUUCGUAUUGAGCGCAUUGUCUUGUUGGAAGAAAUAGACGAACUGAGACAAGGUCGCUCAUCUCGCUUUAAAAAAUCUAAUGGGAUCGGCAUGAGUGGAGGUGCUGACAGUGACUCUGAGAUGUCUCUUUCUGAAUCUAUUAUGUCUGAUGUAAAGACACCUGGGAGAAAAAAUGCAGCAGCAACUCCUAGAAAGAAGCGAGACCCAAAUGCUCCCAAAGGGCCUGGUAAUGUCUUCUUUUUAUAUUGCCGUAUGGAACGUGAUAAUAUCAAGGAUGAAGUUCCAAACGAAAGCUUGGGUGAAGUCACUCGACUCCUUGGUCAAAAAUGGAAAGCACUUACAAAAGAAGAAAAGCAGAAAUACUAUGACAUUUAUAAGAAAGAACAGGAAGAAUAUGAAAGUGCUAUGAAGAGCUAUACAGCUGCUGGUGGUGGUGCAGAAGGUGCAGCAGCUGUUGAAGCAAAUAAAGUCAAACAAGACGAGGAUGAAUCGGAAGAGUCAGAAGAAGAAAUUGAUAUGCUUCAAGAUGAAGAUGAGGAUGAAGACGAAGACGAAGAAAUUGAUCAUACAAGAAUUACUUCAAUAAUCAAUCAACCUGAACCUUACCAAUAACCAUUAUAGAUAAAAAACAAGAAAAAAAAAACUUUUUUUUUUUAUUGUUAUAAUUCAACUUUAUGAUCUAAUUGAUAGGCUUGAUCUAUAUAGUAUAAUUUUAGUAUAUAUACACAUAAUAACUAAUAAAAAAAAUUUAC